AUGACUCUGAAUAUCCGAGAGUUUACCUCGGAUGGAUUCGAGGCUCUUAAACUGGUAGCUCAACUAUCAUGGAGACGUAACCUAAAAGCUUGGGUUCAAGUCCCUUUUGGCAUUGUCCUGAUUCUACUAGCAUGCUUUGGUAUCAAUGCUCUCAUAGGACUCAGUUCAGUCUCGUUUCCUGCAUCUGUGGCAUGCUUGAUUUUGUUAUUCCUUGGCCUGAAUAUCAUUGAUCUUAUCAUUGGACAUCAGAGAACGAGAGCGUUAGUAUCGGUUAUUGAUAUUCCUGCCGGAUGGGCUCUCCGAUAUAUUAACCUCUUCUUUACACCUUCUUUCGUUCUGUUGCCAUUGAGUGAUAGCAUCACUGCUACAGAAGUCGGCAAGAUCAUAGGCGUAUUCCUCAUUGGGUUCUUGGUCAUGUUUGCUGUCACGGCUUGGUUAGUGCGCGGUCUUCAGGUUCUAGUAGGUUCGACCAAGCGUGCUAUCACAGAGAGGGCCGAGGAAAUGGGUGCCGAGAAUGAUGCCAUUCCCCUCGCGGUAUCGAGUAAUGCAAAUUUCACAUCGACCGAUACAAUCAUUCCGUUACAGCCACAAGAGCCGGCUGUGAUCAGGGACGCUAGAGACCCAAGAGAAUCUCCAGAAACAGAAAGUCCACCGCCAGAAACCGUUUCUAGCAUCAUCGUGGUCCAACAAGAACCGUUACCACUCACACGAGCUCAAAUUUGGGCCGCAUUCAUUAACAGGAACUUGGAUCUACUCACUUACAGUGUUAUAUUUCUCUUCAUAGGAAUCCCAGUUUAUUACGCUACUGGCUAUGCAAUGCCAGCACAACUAACCUUCAAUGUACUGGCUUAUUUUGCUGCACAGUCUCUUCCUGUUCGGUGGAAGCAAUUCUUGCAUCCUGUUUUAUUAUCAUCCGGAAUCACCAUCAUAGGCAUAUGGAUCUUAGGACUCAUCAGAGGUAACAAUCUCGAUGAGAUUCUAGGUGCUUACAAAACCGACACCAAGUAUCUUGCUUACUGGGAGGGAGAAAAGAAUCUCCCUCUACCCGGCGCCGGUGACAUAUUCAACAGCGUCCUCGACGCCUCCAUUGUCUCCCUCGCCCUUCCCAUGUUUCAAUACCGCCACGAACUAAAAUCCCACUUCAUCCCCAUCACCAUUCCAAGCGUUACAGUCGCCGUCGCUUCUCUAUUCGGCUAUCCUCCUCUUUGCCACUCCCUCGGCAUAUCCCCUCCAAUUUCUCUUUCGUUCUCCGUGCGUUCUCUAACCCUCGCGCUCGCAACCCCUGCCGCCAGUAAUCUCGGCGGAAAUCUCAACGCAGCUGCCGCUCUUGCCAUCACGUCCGGCAUUCUCGGUGUCCUCAUCGGGCAACGCCUUCUUACUCUCCUAAGAAUCCGCCCCGAUGAUUACAUAACCAUCGGCGUCGCCAUGGGUGGUAACGCUAGCGCAAUAGCAACUGCAUUGUUAUUAGUUAGCGAUCCGAGAGCGGCCGCACUAAGUAGUUUGAGCAUGAGUCUUUUUGGUAUUGUGACGUUAACGUUAACGUCUGUGCCGCCCGUAGUUGAGGUGAUUAGGGGUUUAGCUGGGUUCUAG